AUGGUCCAGACUGAGAGGUUGACAGAAAACAACUCGGCAUCGGCCCAAAGGCAAAAGGCAAAGAAGAACGACCAAACAGGUCCAGCUCCACCAGAUUGGGAGGCUAUCGACCUUCCUCCAGAUUACAUUCUCGCCCAUUUGACAGACGUACACUGCCACCCCACAGACCUAACACACCCGCCAGAAGUAUACGACGCCGUCAAACUCGGGGGUUUGGCGGGGAUGGCGACUGUGAGGGAGGAUCAGGAUAAAGUUCGGAACCUCAGUUUGGAGAGGGAGUGGAUGAGAGGAGGCGAUGGGAGGAAGGGGAAGGAGGGGAGAGGGGUGGGGGUUGUUGCUUGUUUUGUAGGGUAUCAUCCAUGGUUUACACAUCGAUACACAUUCUCCCCUCCUGAAUCUCUACCUUCCAAAGAGGAACACUACACCUCUCUCUUCUUCCCCGCCUCCUCCUCUGCCUCUGCCUCUCUAUCCGAAAAACCAACCCAAGACCAGCACCUCCUCUCAACCCUCCUCCCCUACAUGCCAGAACCCCUACCCUUCCAGCCCAUGCUCGCCAAACUCCGAGAAGAUCUGGAAAAGAGUCUGGGAGAGGAGCGGUUGACGAUGGUGGGGGAGGUGGGGCUGGACGGGAGUGCGAGGAUGCGGUGGCCGCAAGAAGGAAAAGGAGAAGAAGAAGAAGAAGAAGAAUGGCGCCGCCUAACCCCAUUCAAAGUCCCCCUCCCGCACCAACGCGCCAUCCUCCUAGCCCAGAUCGACAUUGCCAUAGAGCUGGGGGUGAAUGUUUCGUUGCAUAGUGUUGCUUGUUCUGGUCCGACAAUGGACGCGCUUAUGGAGGUCAAGAAGAAUUAUGGAGAAAGGUUUUUGAGACGGAAACAUUUCCCAAACCUCUUCAUAUCCCCCUCCAUCCCCAUCACCUCCCGCUCCCCGCACGCCCCUGCGCUCAUCCGCGCGAUCCCGAGAAACAGGAUGUUGGUAGAGUCGGACUGUCAUGAUGUGAGGUUGGUGACGAGGAUGGUUUGGGGGGUUGUGAGGUGGGUUGGGGAGGUUAGGGGGUGGGGUGUUGAAGGUGUUAGUGGAGAGGGAGAAGGGGAAGGAGAAGAAGGAGGGAUAGAGGGAGGGGACUGGGAGAUGCAAGAGGAAGAGGACGAAGUGUAUGAUGAGAAAGGAAGACUUGUGGAGGGGCCGGUAUGGACUGUGAGGCAGGUUGAGCGAAAUUGGGCGAGGUUUAUGCGUCUUAUCCAGGAUUGA